AUGAGCGGUACAAAGUGCAGCAGCAGGGCUUGGACAGUUGCGGCGGCCAGCGUCGGGGCCGUAGAGGCGCUGAAGGACCAAUUGGGGUUUUGCAGGUGGAACCACGCCAUAAGGUCUGUCCACAACAAUGCCAAGAGCAAUGUUACGAGGUCGUCAAUUGGGCAAGCCAAGACAAAGCUUCAAAAUGAUGUUGGUCCGUCGGAUAAAAGGCUCGGAGAAUCCGAGGAGUCUCUUAGGACAGUCAUCUACUUGAGCUGCUGGGGUCCUAACAAUUAG